UUAAAAAUCCAACACCCAAAUGGCCAAUAUCUAUCUAUUUAUGGUUCUGUGAACAUAAACAAUGAAAAUUUGUAUGUAUGUUCAUAAUACAUACAAAUUUUCAAUCUCACACUUUUCCUCAAUUUGUAAAUCAUCCGGAUUCUCCAUGCUCCCCCAGAUUAGGUAAUUGAAAACCAAGUCUCAACUCUCCAAGAAUCUAACCUCUGUCACCCAUUAAUGCCGCACCUAACUUAGGCCUUCAGCAGAACUAUUAUUGCAGAGAAACAGAGAAAUUACGAGAAAAGGACUAGGAUCUUCUCUUCUUUUCGCCAUUAAUAACCCUACCCAGAACUUCAAUUUCUCUCUCGUAAACAAAAAUGAAGUACCAAUUUCAACUCAUAGUUUUCUCAGCUAUAAUAUCUUUUAUAUUCUCAAAAAUCCCUUCAGCACCUGCGAAAUCUGUGAUUGAACCAUGCAGUUCUUCAGAUUCUUGUACCUCUCUUCUCUCUUAUCUUCUCCCUUACGACUCCAAAAUCUCCGAAAUCGCUUAUCGUUUUCAACUCGACAUUUCUGAUCUCUUAGCAGCUAACUCCAUUACUCCCCAAGUGAGCAGCGAGCUGAUUUUGAAAUCCAAUACCCUUCUGAGGAUACCCAUUUGGUGUCCGUGCACAGACGGGAUCAGAAGGUCGACGUCGACGACAUACGAAGUCCGUCCGGCGGACACAUUAGAAUCGAUAUCGGAGGGAUUUGGGGGGCUGGUGAGUGCAGAGCAGAUUGGGGUUGCGAAUGGUGUGGCGGAGGAGAAGAAGAAGAAGAAGCCAUUGAUAAGCGGUGAGAGUCUGGUGAUUCCAUUGCCGUGCACUUGCUUUAACAACAGCAAUAACGGGUUGCCGGCGGUUUACUCAUCAUACGUUGUGCGGAGAGGAGAAAGCUUGUCGGCCAUUGCUGAGAUUUUUGGCAACACUGUUGCAGAGUUGCAGGCUGUAAAUGGGCUGACCCGGCCCGUGGUUGAGGAUGGAGAUAUACUCUCCGUGCCAAUUUCAGCAUGUUCAUCAACAAAUCUGAAUUGGCACAAUGAGAGUCUAAUAGUUCCAAAUGCAUCCCAUGCUCUCACCGCCAACCGUUGCAUCAAAUGCAUGUGUGGACCAACUGAUCUCAAUUUGCGAUGUUUGGCAUCUGGAAUUGUCACGUCUUGCUCUCACCUACAGUGCAAAGGGUCUGACAUGUUCAUCGGCGAUUAUACGUAUAACAAGUACAGCACAAAUCUGCAGCCAAACACAACCCUCUGCAAUGUCACUGCUUGUGUCUAUCGCGGCCAUUAUGGCCGCAAAAUCUUCAGAAGUUUGGUAAAUUAUUCUCAGAUCCACUGCCCCAGUAAUAGUUAUGAUAAUUCGUCAUCUUCAUCAAACUCUUCACUGCCGUUGGUGAUACUAUCCCCAUCUCCAUCUCCUUCUUCUUCUUCAUAUCCAAACACGGAUGGGACUGGCACAAAUGAUGGUAAUAAUUCUACAUUAACCAAACAGAAUCCUAAUGAUUCUCAUAGUCACGGCAGAUUAUUGUCCACUCAAGCUUCAAUCUUUUACUUGCUUUUAUUGCUUUUGGAACUUCUCCUUUCUUUUAUCUUCUGUUCUUGAUUGUAUUCUUCCUUUUAACAUCAAAAUUUCGUAUUUCUUCAAAUUGGUAUUUUGUUUAGGAGAAAGAUUAGUACUUACUAGGGUUUCGCUCGAAGAAAAUGUUUCUCAAAUUUGUAUUAUAUUGUGUUUGGUUUAAGUUUUAUUUCGUUUUCAUUAGAUAAAUACAUCUUAGUUACCAUUUCCGUCUGUGAUGCAUGAUUAUAGAUUAGAUAUUGGAUGCUCUCUGUAUUGGUUUCUGAAAAGGCAAUUUUGUUUGGAUAUUCAAUGAUCUUUGUCAACAGCUCCU